UGAAGCCACCUGACCCUUAACGAGGGAGCAGGUCCCAGUUCCUGCUCAGGCCUGUCGCCAUGGAAGUCACACUGCUUCUCCUCCUCUCCGUGGGCACCUGGGCCCAAAACUCAACGGAGCUCCAGACCCAAGACUCAACGGUGCUCUGGACCGAAGAUGUAACGGACCCGUUGUACGAUACAAGUCCUUGGCCGACAUCUGUGGUUCUGGAACCUUCUGCUUCUUUGGCCACGGAGAGCACUGCAGUCCCAAGCCUCAGUUCAGGCAAAUCUGAUCCUGUGCUAACCGGGGACCCUGUAAAGGAGGAUGCCCCUGGGGACCAUAUCAGGACGCCGCCUCCUUCAACUACCUCCUCAGGCCAUGCUGUGCCCUCUUCAGAGACCCCCACUGACCGCCCCGUAUCUGUGCCAACAGUCAUCCCGGAAAUUUCCACCCAGAAGUCUUCAGUGUUCCUGGACGUCUCUGCCACAACCGAUGACUCUGCUGUCUCCAUAGCAACACACUCUCCAGGCAGCCAGACUGUGGCUGGUGAAAUCCUGGCAACCGGCUCUCUGGAGCCCUCCACUCGGGCUGAUGGAUCGCCUAUAUCCAUGACAACCGGCUCUUUGGACCUCUCCAAAGGGACCAGUGGACUCCCUGUCUCCAUGGUAACUACUUCCCCGAAUAUCUCCAAGGAGACCAUUGGCUCCCCCACUGCCCUGGUUAAAAUAUUGACCACCGCUUCCUUAAGCGCCUCCACAAGCAUAGUCAGGUUGUCCCCAAAUUCAGACGAGGGGACGAAGGGCAACUUGCUGCCUGUGCUGGUGACCCUGCUGGUGGUCAUCGUCCUCGUGGCUCUCCUCCUGCUAUGGCGUCGUCGGCAGAAGCGGCGGACGGGCGUCCUGAUGCUCAAUGGGGUGGCCAAGCGCAAUGGGGUGGUGAAUGCCUGGGCCGGGCCUGCCCCCAUGUCGAGUGAGGAGGCGCUGACGGUCACAGUGGCAGAGGCUGGAGGUGACAAAGGCUCUGGGAGCCCCCCAGGGGAGGCGUCGGGCCGGAGACCCACGCUCACCACAUUCUUCAGCAGACGCAAGUCUUGCCAGGCCCCUGUGGCUCUGGAGGACCUUGGGCCCGGGACAGCCCCUGGGCUGAAGUCGGAGGAAGAGGCGCUGAUGGCGCCAGAUGCGGCGGCGGAGGCCCCCCCUUCUGACGGGCCAGAAGCUGGUGACGGGGGGCACCCGAGUUCGUGUGAAUGAGAGACUGGAGGGCGGACUCAUUUCCAGCCUCCUUCGCUUCCCUCGACAUCACCUCCAAACCCUCACAGAGCUUUCCACCCACACAAAGUCCUUUUUGGAUUUUGUUUUGUUUUUGUUUUUCAUUUUGGUUACACACCUGUCAGUACUCGGGGCUUGCUCCUGGCUCCAUGCUCAGCGAUCCCUCCUGAUGGGGACCGGGGGGCCAUAUGGGGUGCUGGGGACAGGACCUGCAGCCAGGCAAGCCCCCUAUUGGCUGUACUAUCUCCCUGGCCCCCCAUUUUUUGGAUUCUCAGAGCAUCUUCCCUCUCAAUCCUUGUCCAUCUCUGAAACCGUGAUCUCCGGGCAGCACCUACACACGGCACCCAUAUGCAGCACUUCCCCCAGCACUCCCAUCCAACUCUGCACCCAGCACCCUCAUCCAACUCUGCACCCAGCACCCCCAUCCAACUCUGCACCCAGCACUACCAUCCAACUCUGCACCCAGCACCCUCAUCCAACUCUGAACCCAGCACUCUUAUCCAACUCUGCACCCAGCACCCUCACCCAGCUUCCACCCAACUCUGCACCCAGCACUAACGCUGGGGCUCCCACUUGCUAAUGCUUGUUUAUUCUUUCCGAAUCCACCUCUCCCCUCCCCAGCACCUUUCCCCUCUGACUUUUAUCCCUGGGGAGAGGGAUGGAGGUUUGUGGCCAUGCCUGGAGGUGCCAGGAAUGAAUCCUGGCUCGCCGCUCAGUGUCACUCCCCGCAGUGCUCAGGGAAGCAUGUGCUGCUGGGGGUUGAACCCAGGCUUCAGCUGGCAGAGCUGAAACGGUCCGGCCUGGCCCUCUGCACUGCUCUCGACUCCAUGCCAGGUGUGAACGCCCGGGCCCAGGGCGGUGUUGGAAGAAGGAUACUCAGGAUGGAAAGAACUCUGGAAAGAACUCUGGGCUCCAUGCGGGACAGACUCCUGGCCAGUCUGUACCCGGCCACUGGGGGGCCAUCUCGGGAAGUUCUUGGAGGUGCUGGACUCUGGACGGGCCCCGGCCCAGUGACUCCCCGUUGUCUGUGCUCCUGGCGGCAGAGUGAGACGAUCCUGCAGGCCUCCUCUCUGCGGGGGUGCGGUUUGCCACAGGAGGUGAGGAUUUGAUGGUGUUCAUGCCGGGUAGUGGUGGGGACAGACGGCACGAGGGAGGGGGCGGGAAGGAUGGCAGAGCCCGAGAUGCCAGCCCGAGGGUGGAGGAUGCAAGGGCUCCUGCGAACAUAUGUGCCCUCGUCUCUGCUCAGAUGGCGCGGCGCGGAGAGGGGGUGCUGGCCGCUGAAGGCUGCUGGUGGGGCGGGGGGGAAUGGGGGCCUCGGGCACACUCCGGCGGCAUCAGGACAGCAGGACCCCCACGCCCCUGCUGUGGCCUGGGCCAGGCCAGGCCGGGGACACACGGGCCCAAGGCAUUUGGUAUUUCUCCAGGCCAAAGAGGAAAGUUGCGAAGAGGAAGUGGUUGAGUCAGAGGGUGAGCGGAUGACUAGGGAAGAGGCCACGUGGCCUGACCUGCAGUGAGGCAGGAGUAGCAGACUCUGCUCACGGGGGCUGUUCACCUGUCACCAGGCGGUCGCACUCACCCCUGGUGCUGAGCUGGUGUGGAAAUCUGGCAACUAGGCGACACCCCAGUCUGGGCCAUUUCUUACUGCUCAGAGGUGCAGCUCGGACUAAUUGGAACCCCAGAAUGGCAGAAGUGAGCCCCAAGUUCUCAGAUUUGCUUAACCAAGUAACCCAACUGCAAGUCUUGGAAAUACUGUGGCUGCGCUCAGAGGUCACCCCCGCCUCUCCCGACAUGGCCUCAGGAGGCCUCUCGCGCUUCCCAUGCGGCGGCUGCCGAAGCCUGAGGAAACGCCCAUGGCAGUGGCUACGGCGCCUGGUCUUGCUCUCACAGCCCAGGAAUGUCAGAAUAUGGGAACCGUAUCCAAGCAGAGACACCAGCAUGAUCUUAGAAGUGCAGAAAAGGAGGGGAGUGGCCCCCAAGGGGUCCCCUUUUAUAGGAUCUUUGUCACAUGCCCUGUGGUUGGCCUGGCACGGAGUCUUCAGUGAAUAUUCAGUUAAAUGGAUGAGCGAGAGGAAACUGUGAUCGUGAAGAGUGAGCAGGGUGUUGCCAGGCUAGAAGCAACGUCACCUGCUUUUGAGACCUAUGGCGACAAACAUGGAAAACAGGCUGUUGAGUUCCCAGGGGAGGGGUCUGGGGAGGAAGCAGUGGCUGUUACAAGCCCAAACACAGGAAAAAGAGAAACAUCAAGGACUGAACAUAUGGCUUAUGAAGAUAAUUCUAAAUGGGUUGUUAGACUUGUUAUAAUUGUUUAAAAUCAGGUUUUCAGAAGCUCUGAAGUGACUUUUAAAUUUGAACACAAAAUUUUAAGGGGAGGAAACCAGUUAUUAAUCUGUAAAUAUGUCUGAUUCUAGUUUUAUAAUAAUAAAACUGGAUGCAAAACAUAGGUCAACGGGGCUAGUACAGGGGUCAAGGUGUUUGCAUUCCUUGUGCCCCUGGCACUAUGUUUGGUCUGCCAAGUGCUGCCAGGGAUCACUCCGGAGCACAGAGCCAGGAAUAAUCCCUGAGAACU